GCUCGCUUUCUAGUUUCUUCACCCUCUUCCUCGGCAGACAAAUCCCCAGAGCAAAUGGAGUCGUCGCCGUCGAAUUCAACAGUCGGCAUAGCCGCCGUUCCUUCGAAACGGCCAUCCCGGCGGCUCUUGUUCGACCGACGCUAUGGCUGGGUGGUGGAUGAAUGGAAGCACCCAUCGGAGGAAGCUUUGGCUGGCGGCCGUGGAAUGUUCUGCAUACUGCCUCUGGCAAAAUCAUUAUGGAUGAUGGCUUCAAAGUCGAUAGAUUUCGCAUCGAAUUAUGCAGUUGAAGUCAUUCAAAAGCCUGAGCUUUUAUCACCUCAUACACUGCAGGCGAAUCUGGGAACUCAGCUCAACAGUUUCAAGUCUUCCCUACUCAACCCUGAUUUCAACCCACUUGUACGAAACUCUCCACCCUCCGACUCUCCUCGUGCAUUCUCGACUUCACAUGUAAAACUUGACAACACGGAACCACAGACUGAUUGAUGAUGGCACCAUCAUGAAGCAACAUUGAUCUUUUUGUAUAAUUGCAUGUGGUCCUUGGAUUUGGAUUAUGAUUUCUAUAUAUGUUCACUU